CAACAGAGUCCAUUUCAAAAAGGUGUCAUCAUUUUUAUUGGGGAAAAAGUUCUGGAUGGUUUGGUUCACAUCGUACGUCGAGGACUCAGUGAACGCCAUAAGACAUGUUUUACGAGAAGGACUGACUGAGGUGUUUUGGUCUUUCCGAGCAGAGCUCCGCAUGGAAGAAACACAAAAGUUGUGGGACCUCAUCUCUCCUACCCAUGACUCCCAAGAAACCUCAGCAGUGGCUGCAAGUGGUCGGACAUGCAGGGAGCUUUCACAUUGGGGACUAUGGCACACUGCUGAAGAGGUUUUGUGAGGGGGAGCAACAGUGCUACCUGAGGCUGAUGGAGGAUGUUCUGAGGCCCUUUGUUCCAGCCUACCACGGUGUGGUGCAGCGGGACGAGCAGAAUUACAACAUGAUAGAUAACCUGCUGACCCAUUUCAACAGACCUGCCAUCAUGGACUGCAAGAUGGGGAGCCGCACAUACCUCGAAGGGGAGCUGCUGGUGGCCAGAGAACGGCCCCAGCCCCGUAAAGACAUGUACGACAAGAUGGUGGCUGUGGACCCAGAGGCCCCGACGGACCAGGAGCGAGCCCAGCAGGCAGUGCUGAAAACCAGGUACAUGCAGUGGAGGGAGACGCUGAGCUCCACAACGUCUCUGGGUUUCCGUAUCGAAGGAUUUAGGAAGUCAAAUGAAGAAUGUCACACAAACUUCAAAAGGACCAAAAGCAGAGAGCAAGUGAUGGAAGCACUGGACAACUUCGUUGAUUCCAACACACACAUCGUGUGGGGAUAUCUGAGGCGGUUGAAACAACUGCGGCAGGUCUUGGAGGCCUCAGACUUCUUCAGAACACAUGAGGUUGUGGGCAGUUCCUUACUGUUUCUACAUGACUGGACAGGCAGAACAGGAGUUUGGAUGAUUGACUUUGGAAAGUCGGCGGCAUUACCGGCACACCUCACCUUGGACCACCGCACUCCCUGGGUAGAUGGCAAUCGAGAAGACGGCUACAUGUGGGGUCUGGACAACCUCAUUGAUAUGCUGGCCAACAUGCUGCCCCUGACCUGAACUCCUCCCUCAACGUGUGGAAAUUCACUCCUAAGCCUUCCUUCACCACUCUGAAGUGAGUGACUGCAGAUGCACUGGCUUCUGAAAUGGCCGUGUCAUCAGAAUUGUGAGAAUUAACUCGGGACAGAAUGAGGGUGUGAAAAAGGAAGAUGUGAUUGAUUACAGAAGUAAAUACUUUCAGCAAAUUACAAUUACAACAUUGGUCAAACGAUCAUUGGUGAUUUAUGUGAAUCUCAACCUGAGGCCUGUAAAGUUUGACCACUAAUUAGACUCACCUGUGCUGCCGAUCCGCAGCCUCAGCAGCACACGCCGACUCAGCUGUCUUGAGAUUACACUGCUCAUUAUUUUAGGGAAAACAUGGCACAAGCAAUUAGAGGCCAAAGAUAUGGGUGGCCCCUCUACUUUGGGAAGAUCUGCAGUUUAAAUGUCACUCUGUGUCAUUAAAAUAGUGCUAAAACGACAGUGGACUUAUUUCCUGCAUUUCUUUAAAGUUACAGUGUGUAGCUUUUUAGGGGGAUCUAUUGGCAGAAAUGGAAUAUGAAAAUAAGAAUCAUUGUGUUUUUUUGUUACCUUAGAAUGAGACGUUUAUAUCUUCGUAUACGUCUUCAAGGAGCAGGCCGCCGUGUUUCUACGGUAGCCCAGAACGGACAAACCAAACACUGGCUCUAGAUAAGGUACCUCAGUUCUCCUACACGCUUGGCACACAGGAGAAGGUUCAGUUGGUUGCAAUCUGCAACCUCGCUGCUCGAUGCCGCCGGAUCCUACACACUAAACCUUUAGAUAUUUAACCUAUUAGAUUGCGAAAUAAUUUUACCAUUUCCACAAUUAAGAAAACACAAAACUUUGGCAUUUGAGUGGAUAUCAAGUCCUACAGAUAUUGUUAAUAGUUAAGACCAAUAACAGGAAAGCUGUUGCUUUUGCACAUAGUGAUUUAUGGAGUUAAUGGUUUACCAUUAAACGUUAUAUUAUUUUCAGUCUUGGCCUUGGCCGUUUGUUCACCACUUCAGUGCAGACCGAUAAUAAUAUCUACAAAACUGACGGACGGAUCGGCCCAAACGUUUGUUCAUGGUCCCCGAAGAUGAAUCCUCGUAACUUUUUUUUAACUUUUCCUCUAGCACCACAACGAGGUUGAUGUUUGAGUGAAAUGUCUCGGCAACUGUCGGAUUGCCACAAAGUGGCGUAAUCAACAAGUCAAAAUUGUAAUUUGUGCAAUACUAAAUGACAUUCCCGUCAUCCUCAGCUGCACUUUGUGUUUACUGCCACUUAGCAAAUGUCAGCGUGCUAAUCUCAGAUGGUGGAAAUGGUAAACAGUAUACCUGUUAAACAUCCAAAUGUUAGCAUUGUGAUUUUAGCUCAAAGCAAUAUUAACACAAUAUUUCUACUCUUUUAUAUUUUAUAUUUAAAGAGCAGUGACUAAAGUGUUUUGCUACUCUGCCUAAUUUACUGAUCAUUUUGUUGUCAAGUCAUAUGGAGAUUUUAAAAUUUGAAUGAACGCUCCUUAUUAAUCCUUCCUGCGGCUGACACGUUGACAGGAACUCUUGAAAUUUGCAUCUUUUUGUCUCAGUCGUGCUCAUUGGUCUUGGUGACUCAUGAAAACCAGCUGUUCUCGUCCUCCUUUGAGGCAUGAAGGUUGAUGGCAUUUGAUGUUUUUACUGUUUUGGAUCAUUGAAAGCAUCAGAAUUGUAGAAUGUGUGUGUGUGUGUUACAUAAACCACGUGACGCUCAUCAUUUUAAAAACCUCUUUACAAAGCAAUUUUGUAUUGUAUUAUUUGGUUUUUGGUUAUUUUUAAAUGAAUAGUACAGUAAUGCUGUUGAGAAAGUAAUGCAUUAAUGGAUUCAUGCAGCUAUCGGCAGUUACUGAUGUAACAUUUAGCCCUUAAAAUACAAAUAAAAGGGACAGAUAUACGCAGUGCUGUAAACCUGAGCAGGUCCGAAUGUUAAUCAAACUCUAAAGUUCAACACCUGAUGCAGGGCAGGCUGGUGAGAUGAAGGCAGAUGUGCUCUCUGUCUUCCGCACCUGUCUGCUUCUGUCGUUCAGCCAUCAGACGGCCGGCAGAGGAAACCCCUGCCCUUACCUGCAGCCCCAGAUGAGAUUAAAGGGAUGAGCAGACAGAGUAGCAGAGUCAUGCUCUACAAAUCCUCCCACACAGUCUGCAGCAACAACAAAAAGCCCUCUGAGAGGGGCUGGAGGCUGCACAACACAACCGCAAUCUGACCUGCCGGCUACCGAGCAAAUCCCACUGGAGCACUUUGGAGUUGAGUGCCUUGCACAAGGGUAUCUCAGUUGUGGUGAAGAUAGAAGGGGUAAGCUCAGCUCUUAUAUUUCAUUGAAAUGUAUCCUGCUGAUCUGGCGAGCUUCAUGGUCACGUGUUACUUGUUUAAUGUUUAGGCCGCCGCCAAAUAUUAGUUUCAGUAGCUGGAGAAGCGAGGCUCAGAGCGGGACUUGAAACUAGCCGGUCCAGGCUGGAUACAACUGAGUGAUUUAAAUGAGCAAUUACAAAAAGCAAACCUUGUGACACUUGUAGCUCUUUUACGGUGAAGUCACAUUGAGGCGUGAUGAAGGAGGAGAAAAGAGGAAUAGUGUUUUCAAAAUGAAGAGAUGACGGCGCCAAUCAGUGUGUGCUCAAAGACAGAGGGGGUGGGCAGGGGAUGAUGAUGUCAGUGUGUGGCA